AUGGAGCGGUCGGAAAUUAUUAAGCGAUGCGUGUCUUUUUAUGAAGAGAUGAGAUCCAACCAUGAAGAAAGAAUGUUGUUCUUUGUGCUUACGCUGUUUGUUUACUUUAGGGGUAGAACUAGUGGCCAACUAUCGUUAGGCGGAAGAAUGAAUAGUAGAAUUAGACGUGAGGCUUUAGAGCGUAUUGUUGGUGAGGGUGAUAGGAAUUGUAUCUCAGAGUUGAGAAUGAACACAAAUGCCUUUGCUAACUUGUGUGAGUUGCUCCAAGUUCAGGGCGGAAUUACAGAAGAUGGUCAUGUAAGCCUGCCGGAGCAGGUUGCGACCUUCUUAAUUAUCUUAACGCAUCACAAGAAAAACCGUAGUCUACAGGUUAGAUUUUGUAAGUCCGGCGAGACAGUUAGUAAGUAUUUUAAUAAAGUUUUGAAGGCUGUAAUACGGAUUCAAGGGAUGUUGUUCGCGAAGGCUACACCAGUUGCCGAGGACUGUGUUGACCCCACAUGGCGAAGGUUUAAGGGUUGCUUGGGAGCAUUAGAUGGCACUUAUAUAGAGGUGACAGUCCCCGAGUCUGAGAAGGCAAGGUACCGCAUAAGAAAGGGUAAAAUCUGCACGAAUGUCUUAGGAGUGUGUAACCGGGAGAUGGGUUUUGUCUACAUACUCAGUGGAUGGGAGGGUUCGGCAUCUGAUUCACGGUUGAUGCUGGCUACACAAAUGGUCCGGGGUUUCUUGCACCGUAUAGAGGGACUUGAUAUCAUAAAGAGUAUGGAGAUGGACCCGGAGGAGGAAGGUAGCAUAUUGGAUGAAUUUACGCCCGAUGGAGACGAGGAACAACAUGGAUUGAGCGAGGUGGUCGAAAACACGAACGAGUGGAGUCACUGGCGUGACAACAUAGCAAAUGAGAUGUAUGAAGAGUGGCGUGCAAGUCGUACGAAGUAG